AUGUCGCUUGAAGAACCCGCCGACAGCGUUGCGGAGCCGGAGCGCAGAGCUAGCACAGAGGACUGGAAAAAGGCUUUAGAUCGCGUGGUACCCUGCUGCGUUGUCCUAAAGGUGACACAGACACGGGCAUUCGAUACGGAAGCGGCUGGCUCAGCCUAUGCGACGGGCUUCAUCGUCGAUAAGCAACGCGGCCUUAUCCUGACAAACCGUCAUGUAGUUACGCCGGGUCCUAUCGUGGCGGAGUCCAUCUUUCUCAACCGGGAAGAGCUGCCGGUGUAUCCCCUCUAUUACGACCCAAUCCACGACUUCGCCUUCCUGCGGUUCGACCCAAGCCGGUUGCAGUUCAUGGAAGUUUCGGAGGUGCCCCUCGCACCGGAGGCCGCCACCGUGGGGCUUGAUAUCCGAGUCGUGGGUAACGACUCUGGCGAAAAGGUGUCUAUCCUUGCGGGCACCCUGGCACGUCUGGACCGUGACGCGCCGGUAUACGGCCGCAAGGGCUAUAACGACUUCAACACCUUUUACCUCCAGGCCGCGUCUGGGACCAAGGGCGGUUCCAGCGGCUCGCCCGUCAUCGACUGCCAAGGUCGGGCCGUGGGCCUCAAUGCCGGUGGCAAGAACAAGGCCGCCUCCGCCUACUACUUGCCCUUGGAACGCGUCGUGCGCGCGUUAAAACUUAUACAGGAUGCGUUUCGGCCGGGAACCGAAUGGCCAUGCCCCUUCAUUCCGCGUGGCGACCUGCAAACUACGUUUGUCUUCAAGGGCUUCGAUGAGGUCCGGCGCUUGGGCUUGCAGCAGGAGACUGAGCGGCGGGUGCGGAAUUCCAAGUCCGCGCCAACACCUGAAGGCCCGCAGCACUCAACCGGCAUGCUCGUGGUUGACAGUGUGGUGCCUGGGAGCCCGUGCGGUGGCAUCAUUGAGGCGGGUGAUGUGUUGGUAGAAGUCAAUGGCCAGGUGGUUACGCACUUCCUGACGCUGGAGGAGCUACUGGACAAUGCGGCACAGGAUCGCAUGGCGGGUGGUCCGGGCAAAGUGCAGCUUCUACUGGAGCGUGGCGGAAAGCCGAUCAACGCGGAGGUCGAGGUAACGGACCUUCAUUCUGUGACCCCCAAUUGCUUCCUGGAGCUGGCGGGUGGCGCCGUUCACGCUCUGAGUUAUCAGCAAGCGCGCAAUAACCGCGCAGUCGUGGGACAAGUCUACGUUGCCGAGCCUGGGUACAUGCUGGGCCGAGCCAAUGUGCCCAAGUGCGCCAUCAUCACAGCGCUGAACGGAAAGCCCACGCCGGACCUAAUCACCUUUGCGACAGUGUUGCGCACUUUGCCGCACGGUGCUCGUGCGCCGCUGGAGUACCUCACCUUCAGUGAGCGGCACCGCCGCAAGAACGCCAUCCUACAUGUCGACCGCCAAUGGUACGGCCCGCCAGUAUUUUGGACGCGUGACGACGCCGCGGGCGCAUGGCACCCAACCGUUGACUAUCCUCCGGGGGCACCCCCUCCUCCAGAGCCCAGCAUCAAGCUUAUGUCCAAUGCUGGAGGGGAGUUGUCCGGACAUCCUAACGGACAUUGCAAUGUAGUCCCUCCCAUGGACGCCGAGCAGAUGCCCGUUGCGUCGGCCACCGGCGUCGUUUCACCACGGGAAGGCAGCCUUGCGGAAAGGCAGACGCCGGAUUUGCAGGACUUUGCCCACGACUAUUUCUUGUUGCCGUUCCUUUUGUGGCGAGCCAUCUCUGCGCAUCCAAGGAUUUUGCGUUUUAGCGCUGCCAUUGCUGCCCCUGCGUGUAACGAUCUGGACGAGCUGCUGCGCUGCUGCCUAGUGCUGGUCGACAUUGAUAUCCCGCUUGUGGCGCUGAGCGACGGAGUGCACAGCCGGAGCUUCGCAGGCAACGGCCUUGUGGUAUACGCGGGCGAGCGGGUCGGACUGGUGCUAGUGGAUCGUAACACGGUGGCGGUGGGUCCUUGCGACGUCAACCUCAGCUUUGGCGCGCAUCCGGCCGAGAUUAGCGGCAGGGUACGCUUCCUACACCCUCUGCACAACUUUGCGCUGGUAUCGUAUGACCCGGCGGCUCUGCCGCCCGAAGCCCGAGCCAAGGUGCGUGCCGCGGAGAUGUUGCCCUACCCGCCACUAAAGCGCGGUGAGCCGGUGCGGCUCGUGGGCCUGACCAAGCACCUUCGGGUCAUGCAGCGGACCUCCACCGUCACGAACGCAACGGCGGCACUGACCAUCCCGAGUGCAGAGGUACCGCGCUUCCGGGCUGUUCACGAGGAGGUUAUCAAACUAGACCAAGACUUCGGCGCCACUUUCAGCGGCUGCCUCACUGAUAACCGCGGACGUGUGCGUGGUCUUUGGUGCAGCUAUUCGGAGCAGGUACAGGAAAACGGGCCUGUCGAUAAGGAGGAGCGUGAGUGGUGCGCCGGGCUGCACGCGGCAGUAUUCUUUCCCUGGGUAGAGCAGCUUGCACGGCUGCUAGACCAGGGCGCACCUGCGCCACCACCGGCUGUCAGUGUCCUGGACGCUGAGCUGGAGGCCGUACUCCUUUCGAAGGCAGCGCAGUUUGGGCUCCCAGCUGAGUGGGUAACGCGGCUGGACCAACUAGACCCAGAGCGGCGCCAGGUGCUGCGUGUGCGCUCCUGUGUCGCGCAGUCGCACGCCUCCAAGGUCCUUCGCAGCGGUGAUAUGUUGCUGGCUAUGUCAGGCCGACCAGUGACCUGCUUUCAGGACGUCGAGCGCCUCAUCAAGCAGGGUCAGCAGGGUCCAGGUUCGGCACCGGGGCGCCCAUCCAUGCACCUUACGAUAUACCGCAGCGGAUGCGUGCUCGACGUGGAAGUAGUCCUGGGUCGCGAGGAUGGGAUGGGCACGGGUCGGCUGGUGCAUUGGUGCGGUGCACAGCUUCAGGCACCUCACCGUGGCGUGCGCGAGCUGGGCUUUCUGCCGGAGGGUGCGGCGGGCGUCUACAUCAGUCGGUGGCAUCACGGUUCACCGGCGCACCGGUACGGAUUGUAUGCCCUGCAUUGGAUCCAGCAGGUCAACGGCGUGGACACGCCCGACCUGGACAGCUUCCUGGCCGCAGUGGCGGGCUGCGGCGACGGCCAGUUUGUGCGGCUCAAGGUCUGCCACCUGGAGACGACACAGCCUAAGGUACUGACCCUCAAGAUGGACCUGCAAUAUUGGCCGACCUGGGAGCUGCGGUUGGACCCCAACACAUGCACCUGGCGUCGCCUGCAGCACAGCCCGUUUCCUUUCAGGCCGGCAUCGGCCAUGACCCCGUCAUGA